AGCUCCUGCUUGCUCGGCCGUCCGCCUCGGCCUUGGCUUUGUUGUUACUUACCUUUGUUACACUGAUUGCAUUCGUUUCAGUUUUAUGGUGGAAAUAAGAAAUCAAACACUGAUAGUUUCUGCUUGUUGACCUUUAUGAUUUAAAACGUUAAGAUACUAAAGCAAUACUGAAAAACAGGACCUUUUUCAAUGCCUUCGUGUUUAAAAGAAUUGCCAGAGCUUUUACUGUGUGUUGAGUGAGAAAAAAGAAUCCCCAUAGCUGUAUUUUUUUGCUAGGAGGAGGAAAGAGUCUUCUGCUCAAACUGCUGGUUGUUUAUUGAAAGGGUUGAAAAAAUAUCGAUUUAUUGGAACUUAAUAUUUUCCUUGCACUGCGCUGUUUUCUAGCUCCAGGGCGGUUCGUGACAGACAGAUCUGGAGCUGUCAAGAUGCGGAGCUGCGAGAAGGGAGCUGGAGCUGGAGCUGUGCACGCGCUGCCUGCCCAGGAGCAGCGGUCCCACAGGUAAGCUGCCCCGCGCUGCCCUUCCACGUGGCCGGGUUGAGCUUCAGCUCCGCAGCGUCCCCAAAUGCAGCAUCUGCAUUCUGGUGCAUACACGCACGGGCUGCCAGCGGAAAGUGCACCUGAGGGUUUGGUGAGGUGCCAUCUCCGAGUGGGGUGGCGGCGGGGAUCCGCCAACUGAAUUGCUAUUGCCAUAGAAUGCAAAAAAAGCACGACUCCUAUAUUUGUGCUUUGUGCCAGAGGCUGCUGGCUUUCUGCUUGGAGUCGCUUAUCCUGGGCAGCUCCCCCUGCCCUGCCCCUGCUCCCGUGCGGUGAGUGGAGGCUGCUGCCUGACUUGCAGCUGUCCCACGUGGAUAAAGGAAGUCAUGGGAGAUGGUGAAGUAACAGCCAGAAGUGCUGGGGACAUUUCAAGGUAAUGGUGAUCACGGAGUAAGGCGUAGGAGCUGGUUUGUCUCCCAAGACCUGGGUUUUGCUCCAUUUGCUUUGCCAGUUCUCAAAAGCUUCUUUGUUACAAAGCUGUCUAAUUAUAGGUCAGAUCAGCCUAAGAAAGGUGCGGUUCCAAAAGAAGGAAAAACAAGGGCAAGGUAAGCUGCGUGCCAGUGAGUUCUGCCUGUUUCCAUGACAGGGCUCAGAAGGAAGUGGCUCUGGAUGUUCUCCAAGGCUGUAUUUGUUAGCUUAAAGCGGAGUGUUGUGCAGAGGGAUCGGUCACCUGCUCAAACACAGGAGGGGAGCAUGGCAGUUCCUUGCCCGCGAGCCCUCUGACGUUGAAUGUGGAGGAACACCGUGCAGCAUGAGAGAAAAUGCACUUUAGAAGCAAUAUGAGUGCAGUUUAGCACCCGAAUGAACUCAGACAGGAAAACGCUGGCUCUCCGUGGGCAGAGCUCUGCUCUGGUUCAGCAGCCUGCUUCACUGCUGGCGUAGGACGUGGCUGUAGGCCACUAGGUGAUGCGAGUCAUUGUAUCGUGCAGCUGAUCCCCAGCUCCGUGCCAUGAGAGGUGUGGGCUGCGUGUGCCCGGCAGCUGCUGUGCUGGGAAGGGCAGUGUUGUCCUGUGAGCGGGGUGAGUGGCGGCAGCAAUUAGCACCAUGCAGCAUUCCUGCGCCUCCCAUCAUCUCCCAGCCUCCUGGACCUAACUGCACAUCCCUUCUUGCUGAUUGACCUAUGCACUGAUGCUUUCCAGUUUCUGAGGGCUGCUUCUGUACCUUUGUCAUCCCGCAUUCUCCCUCACCUCUUUGAUUUCACAGCCUUUUGCCGCCUGCUUCUCUCUUGGGUUCAUGUCCAGGCAUGGAGACACUCAAGGUCAGACUGGGUCGGGCUCUGACAGCCUGACUGUGCUGUAGGUGUCCCUGUUCCUUGCAGGGGAGUUGGACUCGAUGGCCUUCAGAGGUCCCUUCCAACUCCAAGGGCUCUAUGAUCUCAGCGCAGUGGCUGAGCCCGGCAGUCCCCAGCUUGUUCCAGAGCCACCUGCACCGUUCCCAGUGCCACACAGGGUGUGCUUAGUUUACUUGGAGCUGCUGCUCAGGAGUUCAGGUUACUUCUGUACGUUCAUGCUUCUUUAAUGAAAACAAACCGCUUUGCACGUGACCGUGACUUGCUAACACUCAGAGGAGCAUAAGUCAGUCUGCAUUUUUGCUAACGAGCACCGUGAGCACUGACCCAUGUGAUGGGAGGAUCUGGCCCAGCCUGCUCCCAGGUGCCCAUAAACGUGUCCUCUUGGAAGGAGUUCCAGAAAUAUUCCAGGAAUCUCCGAGGCAGGAGCGCCCUGCCCGCCCCAUCCGGCUCCAUCCUCCUGUCUGGGCUCCUCUUUCCUCUUUCCCACCCACCUGCCCUCGCUGUAUCUGCCAACUGAAAGCUUAGGAUUCGGGUUGUGCUUUAUCUCUGUGGGCACGCUGGAAAAAUCAGUGCCUUGCCUAAUUACCGAGCCGUCUUGAAACGGCCUGAAUUUGCUUUCUUUCGGAAGCAAACGAAGCCGUCGGUCGGACGGUCUGACUUUUAGGCGGCCCCGCGUGGAGCCAGGAGUUGGACUCGGCCAUCAGCCCAUCCAUCGAUCGGUCCAUUCUCUGCACGGGGACGCCGGGUUCCGCGGCAGCCCCGCACCGGGAAGUCGCGCUGCGGGCAGCUGGGAGCGGGAGGCGGCCGCUCCCGUGCGGAACAGGAGCGCCACUGCCCCGUGCUGGCGGCCGUCCCUCCGGCACCUCGGCACGGCCCCACCUACCCACCUGCACCCUGUUAGCUGCGGGCUGACGAAUUCGGGCCGACUCCCGAGGUAAGGGAGGGCGGGAGGAGGGUGUGCCUCGGCACACGUGGCGGCCGCCCAGCCUCCCCCCCCCCGCCGGGAGGAGGAGGAGGAGGCGCCGGGGCCGGCUGCGGGCGGCAGGAAGAGCAGUAAGACCAUGAACCUACAUCGGCGGAUCAUGUGCUGCAGGAGUUCAACAGAGGAGAAGAGCUGAUGUGCUGGGCUCAGCCCCACCAGCCGCAGGGCAGAGGCAGUGCAAAGGGCAGGAUGAACAUCCCGCAUGGUGCCAGAGGUGAGGGCCACGUGCAGGAGCUGUUCCACGAGGAGGCCCAGCAGGGAUCCCAGACGCAGAGCAGGCCCUGGUGGAAGAUCCAGCUGUUCAUGUGGGAGCCGGUGCUUUUUGGGACGUGGGAUGGCGUCUUCACCUCCUGCAUGAUCAACAUUUUUGGAGUGGUUCUUUUCCUGAGGACAGGAUGGCUUGUGGGAAACACUGGUGUUGUAAUGGGCAUGUUUCUGGUGUCUUUUGUGGUCCUGGUUGCUCUGGUGACAGUCCUGUCUGGAAUUGGGGUGUGCGAGAAGUGCAGCAUUGGAAGUGGAGGCGUCUACUCCAUGAUCUCUACCGUCCUUGGAGGUCAAGUCGGGGGGACCAUUGGGCUUCUUUAUAUUUUUGGCCAGUGUGUUGCAGGUGCCAUGUACAUCACCGGCUUUGCAGAGUCCAUCGCGGAUGUACUGAACCUCAGCAACAUCUGGGCAGUGCGGGGCAUUUCCCUGGCAGUGCUGCUGGGGCUGCUUGGGAUCAACCUGGCCGGGGUGAAGUGGAUCAUCCGCCUCCAGCUCCUGCUGCUCUUCCUGCUGGCUGUCUCUACACUUGACUUUGUCAUUGGGUCUUUUUCGCACCUCGAUCCAGAGCACGGCUUUGUUGGCUACUCCGAAGAGCUUUUGUUCAACAACACGCUGCCGGACUACAGCCAGGGAGAAUCCUUCUUCACUGUUUUUGGAGUGUUUUUCCCAGCUGCCACAGGUGUGAUGGCUGGGUUCAAUAUGAGUGGAGAUCUCCAGAAGCCUGCUACCAACAUCCCCCUGGGGUCUCUGGCCGCUAUUGGCACCUCGUGGUUUCUCUACAUGGUCUUCGUCUUUUUGCUAGGAGCCGUUUGCACCCGUCAGUCUCUCCGCUACGACUUCAUGAUAGCAGAGAAGGUAUCUCUGGUGGGUUUCCUGUUUCUGCUAGGGCUGUACAUCUCCUCCCUGGCCUCCUGCAUGGGAGGGCUCUACGGAGCGCCCCGAAUCCUGCAGUGCAUCGCCCAGGAGAACGUGGUCCCCAUGCUCGCCUUCCUUGGACGCGGGAAAGGACCCAACAAGACUCCAGUGGCUGCAAUUUGCUUAACAAGUCUGAUCACCAUGGCUUUCGUCUUCAUUGGGCAAGUGAAUGUUCUUGCUCCGAUCGUCACCAUCAACUUCAUGUUGACGUAUAUUACUGUUGACUACUCCUAUUUCUCAAUCUCCUUGAGCUACAACGUUCAGCAAAGACCUGGCAAGACACCAGUGGAAAACACUAAGCCUCCUCACUCUUCCCAGCCUUUGAUUUUCAGCAGGCCCUCCAGCCAUGUAUCAGAUGGAGUAAUUCAAAGCAGAUCGAAUGGUACCUUGAUGGAAUUCACAAAAGACAUGGACCAGCUUUUUAAACCAUUUCGUAACGAGCCAGGUGCUGGCAAAAAGGAAGGAACUGAGAAUGUAAUGCAAAGAGUCAAACAGAAAAAAGCAAAGAAGCCAGCCAAGCAAACAUUACAAGACAGCUUUCUUUUGGAUCUUGACGAUGAUGCUCCUCCAGCUUGCUGUGACUGGGAUGGGACCACGGAGCCCCCAUCCAAAAGCCAGCAGUGUGAGGUGGGACCGUGCUGCUCAUCACCUGCUGCGGAUCCCCAGGGAUCCGAGGGACCUGAGCAUGGGGAGCAGCUCUGCAGCAAGGCACCAGAGGUCCCUGGUCGUGGGAUGGAAGAAUCAUCUGCAAGACAACAAAGUCCAGAGCUGGAAAUUCAGCAAAUUCAAAAAUCCUUCUACUCCAAAUUCUGCAAUUACUGGGUUUCCUUUGCUGGUGCAAUUGUGUCCCUCAUCAUAAUGUUUGUCAUUCAGUGGAUCUACACCCUUGUCAGCCUGGGGGCGGCGGUGGUUCUGUAUUUCUACAUCGGCCAAGUGAGUCCAGGACUCCCCCUGGGAGCAGCAGCGAAUUUCAGUCUGUUCAGCUGGAUUAAGUCUGUUUUGAUCACCUCAUGCAGGAGGAGGCCGUCGCCGAAGGAGCAGAUCGUGGUGACCCCGGCCUUUGCGACAGUGGGCAUGGAGACCAGGCAGCUCACCGAGGAGAACGCGGACUUUGCCUCCAGGGACCGCUACCACCAGUCCUCCCUCAUCAGCAGGGAAGAGUUUGUGAAUCAGUUUCAGUAGAGCGGGAGGACGAAAACAAAAUAGCAAGCUGUCAUUUCAGAAAGGACUGAUGAGUGCCAAUCACUGCUGCUGUGCCUUGUGAAAUACUUGAAUGUAUAUGGAAAGGAUGUGAAUAGUUAUUUACAUGCUCGAGGCUUGUUUGUUUAUGCAAGCUACAAUGUGGCCAAGUUUCAAAUCUUAUCCUAAAGGGAAAAAAAAAACAAACAAACCUGCUCAUCGUGCAGGGGUUUUCUACCUCAGCGUUUCAAUGACCAAAGUCUUAGCACUUUAAGGUGUUUAACGAUAGGCCAGAGUCAAUGGCAAGUGCAAGAGGAUUAUGAAAUAUAUCCUUAACUGGAAUUGAACCUGUGCAUUUAUAUGCAGCAGUGCAGCAUGAUGAACUCUACUGUGAAACGGUGAUGUGAUGUCUUAGAAGCUUUUCAGUGGCUUCCCACAUCCUUUCUGAAACAAGAGCCAGGACCUGAAAACACAGCUAUCUGCAAAUAGCGCAUCUCUUGGCUGAAAGGAGAGAUGAUUCAGAAGUGCCUUAACAAGAUACAUUUAGCCUCACUUUGCUAAUUCUGCUUAAAGCUCAUCCUGUACUAAGCUUUAUAGAUGCAUAUGCAUAAAUAAAAAGGGGUGGAAAUCA